ACACACGAAAGGAAAGCCCAAACACACCUGCGAAAGCCAGAUCACAUCUCACACACACUCUCUCUCUCCUCCCUAGAUUCUUUUCCCGUUAAGUUGUUCAUGUGUGUCUGAAUCCGGACAAACUCGGCUUCGUGGGUUCUGUCCGAAUUCGGAGGCGGGUCUUAUGAAUCGGUUUAGAAUCUGGAUUGGUUGGUGAGGAAAUUGUGGAAGCGGCGGCGUCGGCGGUGUCGGCGGCGGCGAAGGGAGUAGUAAACGGAGGAAGAUGCGGCGGCGUCCGGCGAGGAGGAGGUUGUCGAGUUGGAUAUGGCUUCUUCUGGGUUCGUUCUCUGUGGCUGGAUUGGUUCUCUUCAUGGUUCAUCAUCAUCACCAUCACUCUCAUCAAGAUCCAAAUCAACCGGUGAUCGAGAGAGAGAUGAGAAUCGGGAAUGCGUCUACCGAACUCUCAGAUUCCGGAGAAGAGGCAACAAGCAGUGCUUCGUCGUUCUCUAGGAAGUUAGCAGAGCAAAUGACCCUUGCCAAGGCUUAUGUCUUCAUCGCCAAAGAGCACAAUAAUCUUCACUUGGCUUGGGAAUUGAGUUCUAAGAUCAGAAGCUGCCAGCUCUUCCUCUCUAGGGCCGCAAUGAGAGGACGGCCCGUUACAUCUGGCGAGGCGGAGCCAAUGAUAAGUGGCUUGUCGGCGUUGAUAUUCAAGGCAGAAGACGCGCACUAUGAUGUCGCCACCACGAUGAUGACCUUGAAAUCUCACAUCCAAGCCCUUGAAGAGCAUGCAAAUGCAGCGAUGGUUCAGACAACGGUUUUCGGGCAACUGGUCACGGAAUCCGUACCUAAGAGCCUCCAUUGCUCGGUGGUCAAGCUCACGUCUGACUGGCUGUCAAACCCGUCUCUUCAUGAACUGGCCGACGGGAAGAGAAACUCUCAUAGGCUUGUUGACAACAAUCUCUACCAUUUCUGCAUCUUUUCGGAUAACGUGAUAGCUUCCUCCGUCGUUGUUAACUCUACCGUCUCGAAUGCUGACCACCCGAAACAGCUUGUUUUCCACAUAGUGACGAGCCGGGUGAGCUAUGGAGCUAUGCAGGCUUGGUUUCUCGGUAACGACUUCAGGGGCUCGGCUGUAGAAAUCAGGAGCAUAGAUGAGUUUUCUUGGUUGAAUGCUUCGUAUUCUCCCGUGGUAAAGCAAUUGAUGAACGCUGAUUCCCGGGCUUACUAUUUCGGCCAACAAGAAAGUCGAGAUUUCAAGUCUGAGCUGAAGCUGAGGAACCCUAAGCACUUGUCAUUGCUGAACCACCUUAGGUUUUACAUCCCCGAGAUUUAUCCGCAGCUAGAGAAGAUCGUUUUCCUCGACGAUGAUGUCGUUGUUCAGAAGGAUCUGACCCAUCUCUUCUCCUUGGAUUUGCACGGGAACGUCAAUGGAGCGGUGGAAACAUGCCUGGAAUCCUUUCACCGGCAUUACAAGUACCUAAAUUUUUCGAACCCACUCAUCAGCUCGAAGUUUGACCCUCAAGCAUGCGGAUGGGCAUUCGGAAUGAACGUUUUCGACCUCGUUGCUUGGAGGAAAGCCAAAGUGACGGCGAGUUACCAUUACUGGCAGGAGCAAAACACUGAACGGACUCUGUGGAAGGCCGGGACGCUUCCUCCGGGGCUUUUGUCCUUCUACGGCCUGACCGAGCCACUCGACAGAAGAUGGCAUGUCUUGGGUUUAGGCUACGACUUAAACAUCGAUAUCCGCCUCAUCGAGAGCGCAGCUGUCAUUCACUAUAACGGUAACUUGAAGCCAUGGCUGAAGCUUGCCAUUGGAAGGUACAAACCUUUCUGGGAAAGGUACUUGAAUUCAAGUCACUCUUAUCUGCAGGAUUGUGUCACAGCUUAGCAAGAGAGUUAUAAUAUUUUUGCCCGAUUAGGUUUUCGGGCAAUUCAUAUUUAUCGAUGCGAAUCCGGGCGAUCGGUGGAUUCUUUUACAUUUUGAAGCUUUUUGGAUCCAUACAUGUUGUGGAUCUCAUGAACGAGGAGAUUCAGGGUUCUGUCUGAAGGUUUGCUCUCUGUUACUGUCUGAAAAAAAAAACAAAACAAAAGGAUUGGUAAAAAGAAAGCACACAUUAGGGCUCAAAUGUACCUAACGGUCGAGUAGAUCAACGGCCAAAUUUCUUAUUACUAUUCUUCUCUCUUUUGGAUAAUAAUUUAUCUAUUUUAAAGGAUGGUUACAAUC